GUAGCUGUGGGCUGUGGGCGCCGGGUCUGGGGGGAUCGCGCUUCCUCCGCCGCGCCAUGGCGAAGGCCGGCGACGUGGUGCGGCUGCUCCUGGGCUCCACCGCACUCUGGCUCUCGCUGUUCGGCGUGCGGACCGCCUCCGCGUCCAAGGCGGUGACUGCCAGCUUGGCCGCGAAGUGGCCGGAGACCCCGCUGCUGCUGGAGGCCAGUGAAUUUAUGGCAGAAGAAAGUAAUGAAAAAUUUUGGCAGUUUUUGGAAACUGUACAAGAAUUAGCAAUUUAUAAACAAACAGAAUCAGAUUAUUCUUACUACAACUUAAUCCUGAGGAAAGCUGGACAGUUUUUAGACAAUUUACAUAUCAAUCUCUUAAAGUUUGCUUUCUCUAUAAGGGCAUACUCUCCAACUAUUCAGAUGUUUCAACAGAUCGCAGCUGACGAGCCUCCACCAGAUGGCUGUGAUGCAUUUGUGGUUAUCCAUGAGAAACACACGUGUAAAGUUAAUGAGAUUAAAAAGCUGUUGAAGAAGGCUACUUCAAGGCCCAGACCUUAUCUGUAUAAAGGAGACCACAAAUUUCCUGCAAACAAAGAGAACUUACCAGUGAUUAUCCUCUAUGCAGAAAUGGGUACCAGAGCAUUUCGUAAAUUUCACACGGUGUUGUCUGAAAAAGCUCAAAAUGGGGAAAUUCUUUAUGUUCUUCGGCAUUAUGUUCAGAAACCAGCCUCACAGAAAAUGUACUUAUCUGGCUAUGGUGUGGAGCUAGCGAUUAAGAGUACAGAAUACAAAGCGUUGGAUGAUACCCAAGUCAAAACUGUGACUAAUACUACUGUAGAAGAUAUUACCGAAACAAAUGAAGUUCAAGGGUUUCUCUUUGGGAAAUUAAAAGAAAGAUAUUCAGAUCUUAGAGAUAAUCUGACAACAUUCCAAAAAUACCUGAUUGAGAGUAAUAACGAAAUGAUGCCUUUGAAAGUCUGGGAACUACAAGAUCUUAGCUUUCAAGCAGCUUCUCAAAUAAUGUCCACUCCAGUUUAUGAUGCCAUAAAAUUAAUGAAGGACAUUUCGCAGAACUUCCCCAUAAAAGCCAGAUCUCUGACCAGAAUUGCUGUAAAUCAACGUAUGAGGGAGGAAAUACAGGAAAAUCAAAAGCAUCUUCAAGAUAGAUUUGAAAUUCAGCCAGGCGAUGCUGGUCUCUAUAUAAAUGGACUUCAUGUUGAUAUGGAUUCUUAUGACCCUUUUAAUCUUUUGGAUAUGCUGAAACUAGAAGGAAAAGUGAUGAAUGGCCUUCGCAAUCUUGGGAUCAAAGAAGAACAUAUGAGCAAAUUUUUAAAGUUAAGCUCGCCUGAUUGGGACGAUACCUAUGCAUUAGAUAUUAGACAUCCUUCCAUAAUGUGGAUUAAUGACUUAGAAACUGAUGAUUUGUAUGUUAUGUGGCCUUCAAGUUGCCAGGAACUCUUGAAGCCAGUGUCCCCUGGAAGUAUACCUUUCAUAAGGCGUAAUUUUCAUAAUUUGGUUCUGUUUAUUGAUCCGGCUCAAGAAUAUACCGUGGACUUUAUAAAACUUGCUGAACUUUUCUUUUAUCAUAAAAUUCCUCUUAGAAUUGGUUUUGUGUUCAUUGUUAAUACAGAUGAUGAAGUUGAUGGAAAAAAUGAUGCUGGAGUUGCUCUUUGGCGAGCUUUCAACUAUAUUGCAGAAGAGCAUGGUGUAUCACAAGCAUUUAUUUCCAUAGUACACAUGUACCAAAAAGUAGAGAAUCACAAUAUACUCACUGUGGACAAUGUGAAGGGUGUUCUCCAAAAUGAAUUUCCUCAUGCUAACAUUUGGGAUAUUUUGGGAAUUUAUUCUAAAUAUGAUGGUGAAAGAAAGGCAGGAGCAAGCUAUUACAGGAUGACUGGCCUGGGUCCUUUGCCUCAAGCUCUUUAUAAUGGUGAAUCCUUUCACCAUGAAGAGCUGAAUAUUAGGGAACUAGAAACGGCUGUUCUUCACAGAAUGAUGGAUGAAACUGCAUAUUUACAAAAGGAAGUUUUUAUGGGUACAUUAAAUGAUCGAACAAAUGCAAUUGACUUCCUUAUGGAUAGAAAUAAUGUUGUGCCCCGUAUAAAUCCUUUGAUUUUGUACAAUAAAUGGCAGUACCUUAAUUUAAUAUCUACAUCAGUAACUGCUGAUGUUGAAGAUUUCUCUACUUUCUUCUUCUUGGAUUCACAAGAUAAGAGUGCUGUAAUUGCAGAGAACAUGUAUUAUGUAACCCAGGAAGAUGAUGUAAUUUCUUCAGUUACUUUCUGGAUUAUUGCUGAUUUUGACAAACCAUCUGGGAGAAAACUGCUUUUUAAUGCAUUAAAUCACCUGGAAGUAAGUGUUCAUGGUCGGUUGGGAGUUAUUUAUAAUCCUACAUCAAAAAUAGAUGAAGAUAACACAGCUAUUUCCAGAGGAAUUCUGGCAGCUUUUCUUACACUGAAAAACAGCUUUUUGAGAAACUUUCUCAGGAAACUGGCAGAGGAAGAAACUGCUACAGCUAUUUACUCUGGAGAUAAAAUUAAAACAUUCCUUACUGAGGGAAUGGAUAAAAAUGCCUUUGAGAAAAAAUAUAAUACCAUUGGAGUGAAUAUUUUUCGAACUCACCAGUUAUUCUGUCAAGAUGUACUUAAAUUGCGUCCUGGAGAAAUAGGCGUUGUCAGCAAUGGGAAAUUCUUAGGACCUUUAGAUGAAGAUUUCUGUGCAGAAGAUUUUUACUUGUUGGAAAAGAUAACAUUGACUAAUUUAGUAGAGAAAAUUGAAGACAUUGUUGAAAAUACAGAAGUCAACUCAAAGAACCUGAGUGACCUUGUUAUGAAAAUCGAUGCCCUUCUUUCCUCUUUACCUAAACAUGCAUCUCGGCAUGAUGUCACAUUUCUUGAGGAGAAUCACAGCAUUAUAAAGAUAAAUUCUCAGCAGAAUGAUAUGUCCUUUGAUGUCAUUGCUAUUGUUGAUCCAUUGACAAGAGAGGCACAGAAGAUGGCACAGUUAUUGAUUGUACUUGGCAAGAUUAUCAACAUGAAGAUAAAAUUGUUCAUGAACUGUAGGGGUAAGCUUUCAGAAGCCCCUUUAAAGAGCUUCUACCGUUUUGUUCUGGAACCGGAACUGACAUUACCACCUAAUGAUGUUACUGGACCAGUGGCAAAAUUCUUGGAUAUCCCUGAAUCACCCCUUCUAACCCUCAACAUGAUUACUCCUGAAAGCUGGUUGGUUGAAACAGUACACAGCAACUGUGACCUUGAUAAUAUUCAUUUAAAGGAUAUUGAGAAAACUGUCACAGCAGAAUAUGAACUAGAAUAUCUACUGCUCGAAGGACAUUGCUUUGACAUAAUCACAGAAGAACCUCCUUGGGGUCUGCAGUUUACACUGGGCACAAAAAAUAAACCUGUUGUCGUUGAUACAAUAGUGAUGGCCAAUCUUGGAUAUUUUCAAUUAAAAGCAAACCCAGGUGCUUGGAUACUGAAAUUACGCCAAGGAAAAUCUGAAGACAUCUAUCAAAUAGUUGGGCAUGAAGAAACUGACUCUCAACCAGACCUAGGAGAUGUCAUUGUUGUGCUAAACAGCUUCAAAAGCAAAAUACUGGAAGUACAAGUACAAAAAAAGCCAGACAGAAUUCAGGAAGAUAUCCUUUCUGAUAAAGAUGAAAAAAAAGGAGUGUGGGAUUCCAUUAAAAGUUUCACAAGGAGCCUGCAUAAAAAAGAAGACAAUAAGGAAACAGACGUUCUAAACAUUUUUUCAGUUGCUUCUGGCCAUUUAUAUGAACGCUUUUUAAGAAUUAUGAUGCUUUCUGUUUUACGGAACACCAAAACACCAGUGAAGUUCUGGUUUCUUAAAAAUUAUCUCUCACCAACAUUUAAAGAGGUGAUCCCUCACAUGGCUGAGGAGUAUGGAUUCCAAUAUGAACUAGUCCAGUACAGGUGGCCCCAGUGGCUUCAUCAACAGACGGAAAAACAAAGGAUUAUUUGGGGUUAUAAGAUUCUUUUCCUUGAUGUCCUUUUUCCUCUUGCGGUGGACAAAAUCAUUUUUGUUGAUGCUGACCAGGUUGUGAGACAUGACCUAAAAGAACUCCGAGACUUUGAUCUGGAUGGAGCUCCUUAUGGGUAUACUCCCUUCUGUGAUAGCCGCACGGAAAUGGAUGGAUAUCGUUUCUGGAAGACGGGAUACUGGGCAUCACAUCUUUUAAGAAGGAAAUACCAUAUCAGUGCCUUAUACGUGGUGGAUCUCAAGAAGUUCAGGAGAAUCGCAGCAGGUGACAGGCUCCGGGGCCAGUACCAAACUCUCAGUCAAGAUCCAAACAGUCUUUCAAACCUGGAUCAGGAUCUUCCCAACAAUAUGAUUUACCAAGUUGCCAUUAAGUCUCUUCCCCAAGACUGGUUGUGGUGUGAAACCUGGUGUGAUGAUGAAUCCAAACAGAGAGCCAAAACAAUUGACCUGUGCAAUAACCCCAAAACAAAAGAACCUAAACUAAAAGCUGCUGCCAGGAUUGUCCCAGAAUGGGUGGAGUAUGAUACUGAGAUACGACAACUAUUAGAUCACCUUGAAAACAAGAAGAAAAAUGCAAUUUUGACACAUGAUGAACUCUAGCACGGGCCUGUGUAAGAAGAUGAGAAAGUAUGACGAGAAAUCUGCCACCUGCUGGGGAAAUGUGGAACUACUGCUAAGACUUCUGAAAGUUUCAUUAAGGAUCAGUGACAUAUUCUUCAAUUUAAAUUAUUUAAAAAUACAUGUGUUUAAUGUAUUGAAUAAGUUUAAGUUUUAUAAGCAAUGGCCAUUGAGUAUUUAAAACUAGAUUGUUCCUCUUUCCUGAUUGCUUAAAACAGUGUUUUCACCAGUUAAAGUGAUAAUUUUGCCGGAUAACCACGUAGAAGAACGUAUCUGACUAGCUGGUCCUCAUGGGGAAUUAGCAAACCAUCUACGUGUUUGGAUAUUCCAGCUCUAUGUGCAUCCAUAUUUCUUCAUUCAAAAGAUGCUUUUAAAUUAGAGAAAUCUAUUUUGUGUUUUUUCUUCUGAGAAAGAAGGACUCAUGGUUAUCUCCGAAUAAUUUUUUUUUAAAGUAAGCCCCUUUACACCUUAACUGUUGUUUUAAAAUGGAAGUAGUGUCACACUGUAAUUAUUUUGUUUAUCCUAAACUAUAUGAUGUUUUAAUCCUAUGCAGUAUUUGUAUUUUUUUAAUGUUUCUAAUUUUUGUUUCAUAAAACGAUAUUCAUGGGCUUAUGGGGUAUAUAUGUAUUCUUUUUAAAAAAGAACUGGCUAGUUUUAUAGAAACUUAGUUAAGAGUGUAAACAGUUUGUUUUCCUGUUUUAUACUAAUAAUAGAUGAAUAGGAAUAGUAAAUGUUCAAAAACUAUCCAACUAUUCUAGAAUCAUAGGAUCUUGGGACUGGAGAAGACCUCAAUGUCAUUUGGACCCUGUCCCCUGAAGAAGCUGAUUGAAUAGGACUGAGGAAGACCUUGGAACUCCUUCUGCCAGUGGCCCUUCCAAAUCCAGCUGCUCGGUCCCUCGCGAUAUUAGAACUGGAGGAGAUGCUUCUCCCAGUAGACUGACCUUAGUGAACAGGCUGGAAAUGUAUUCAAAACAAGACUGCAACCUCGGAGUUGUCACCUGGAGGCCUCCUUGUUAGAAACUGAAUCCUAGCGUGAGGCAGUGACAGAUGACUGUGCAUCUCACGCUUCUGUUGAUCAUCUGUUGAUCUCCAAGGAAGGACUGACUCGGUGGAUAGAGGUUUGCGGAGUUCAGGGUCUCUGGGGUGUGACCUAUGUGCCUUAAGACUGGAGUGAUUGGAUUUCUUGGGCGUGAGGGUAGGAAGGGGAGGGGAUCAGGGCUUGCAACCCCUGAGGGGCUGGCAGGCUGGGCUCUGCCCUCCUGUGCGCAGGCAGGCAGCCAUCAGGCCUGUUGCAGGCGCUUGCAGUAUCUUCAGACGAAGGCUCACUGAUGACGUGUUGCUAAGGUAGGUAUCAUGAUUAUUAAGAAUGUGGAAACUGCUUUCUGAGAAAGUUCUCUAAGUAUUCUAGCUGUCCUGCAGUUUUAGGACACGCAGAAUACAGGAAGAAAUCUCCUUUUGUUUGUAGUUAGAGAUCUGACUGAGGUAAGCCGCAGUGUCCCCACCACCCCUUUCAGAACUUUUAACAGAAAUGUGCAUGUUAUGAUAUAAAAGGGAAAGUCCUCAGAGCCAACCUAAGUGUUAGAUUUUAAUGGUACUGAAAGUGAAGAACCGCCACCUGUUAAGGCGUCACUGUCCUAGGACCUCGGGGGGCUGGGUUACGAGACUGUAAUCAUUUCUGCUUUUUGCGCUCUUCCUGCAGCUCGUGUCAAGCAGGAGCCCUCUGUCACCUCAGUAGCUGAUUACGUGUAAAGCAAAGUUGGAAAACAGACUUCUCCAAAAGACUGAAAGCAAGGAAGUACUCAUUUGACCAUAAAUAUUUUUAUUAAAUGUGAAAAUACACGGGCAUAAAAAUAGUACCCAUAUUUGUAGACAUGUCUGAGACCCAUUUCAGUUAAUGUUCGGUGGUGUUUUUACUAAGACACUAAAUUGAGAUGGAUUAAGUUACUUCGUCUUGUCUCAUUCAAACCAACCACAGUAGGAGUAACGGCCUAACUGAUCAGACAUCUCCAGUGCUUCCCCUCCCCGUGCUCUGCUUUCCACUGCACAGAGGAGGUUCAACCCACAGAGGCAGAAACAAAGUCUGUUUACUAUACACAAGCCACGCAGUGGCUAAUUUUACUCUUAAAUCAUUCAGCAAAUGAGAUCAUUAAACAAAACGAAUUAUCCCCACCUAUUAACAUCAUUUGCAAUUACAGAAUAAACUCUGCUACUAACAAAAAAGGAAUGAUCUGAUUUAGAAUAAGGAUAAUUGUUGGUAAAUCAGCAUUUGCCUUCCUCCUUCCUUUAUAAACAUGGAAAAGUCAACUACAUUCAACGUAGCUGCAUGAAUUUCUCUAGGUUAACCACUGGUGUGUACUCGGUGAAAACUGCACGGGGCCAGUCACCGGUGCCCUGUCCCUCUAAGGAGGCGCAAGCCUGACUGAGGAGACAUUUUUAACGACGCAUCUUGUGCCCUUUUUUCAUGGUAAAUGUCACGUACAACUUCUGACCGAUUUCAUGCUUUACAGGUGAAAUCUUUCAUUUUCCACCAUGAAUAGAAAAUGGUGCCAACUUAAAACUGCAAUUCUUCUAGCUUUUUUCCUUCAUACUUGGUUAUCAGUAGUAUUUUUCUCUUAAGCUGUGGGUAGUUUUUACAUUCCAUUAUCAGAGUCCCAAAAAGUUCUGUUUUCAUACUGAUACUUAAACUUUUAAUACUGCCUGAAGAGAAAAAUGUUUUAAAAUUAGUAUUGUUAUAUCCAAUUCACAUUAGUAAACUACUGAAGUCGUUUUCCAGUUUUUAUUUUAUCCAUGUUAAGAAAGCACAAACUUUCAGAAGUGGGCAUUAAUUUACCCUCUCUUUUUAGAACUUUCUCAGGUUUAUAGGCUGAUGUGUUGAAUACUUGUUGCUGUGGAAGGAUAUCCAUUUACAGGCCAGCGAUACUUCACUUCCGGCGCUCACUGAAAAGGGAGAGAGGAGUUCAACAGGGAACGUAAUUCAGCCACGGCUGGGCGCCCCGCUCCUUUGGCUUUUCCAGAGAGCACCACACCGGUUACCCGGCACCCGCGGGAGCGGUGGCGACCUCCUGCGUCAGGCCGCCAGGACAGACGAGUGUCCCUUCGCACUCCCAGCGCUCUCCUCGGUCACUCUGAAAGAAGCGUGGAGUGACCACCUUCCCAAUCACGCGGAUGCCAGAAGACCGCUGAUGACCCUCACGGCUGGAACUUCAAGGUCGUUAUUUUCUUCAUUAGUUAGCAAAGCAACAGAGCCCAGAGAAUUUCUGUUCGUGGCGUUGGCGCUGGGCACCAUACUUGCUUCUCCCUCUUCACUGAAAACGAGUAACUCUCUGCACAUUUCCACUACGAUGACUAAAGUCCGUCCACGGUAAGGCUUUAGGAACAGGAUUUAUAGUUAUUACAGGUGGAGAAAAAAGUGAAGCAAACAGCCCUCUCGGCGGCGGGGUGACGGGUGCCCAGGACGUGUGGCCCGCUUCCUGCGGACUCCUUCCAGCUCCUCUUCGCUGCAGCCUUGCACCCUCUCCUCCGGAUAGAACGGCAAGUGGUUUGAUAUUUCCCUCCUUCUGAUUCUGUGUGAAAACUCUUACUUGUGAAAGUCAGUAGAGGCCAUCGCUAGAUUUCAGAGUUCACAGUGACAUCAUAUAUGAAAGAACCAGAUUGAAAAAAAAGUUGCUGAUGUAACUAAUGAAGUAACAAGAUUAAACAAAAAUGAAUUUCCCUUGUAAAUUACUUUCACACUGACUUGAAUUUUGAGACAUUAAAACAAAAUGAGAGCUGCAAGCUGUUUGCUAGUUUUCAAAAUGCAAUCUUAAGUUUAUUGGUAAGAAAUAAACUUCUAAAUAGAUGCAGAAAGCACUCACGUGUUUUGCUCAUCUCAACUAUAUGUUUUGUCUCAGUUUAAACAACUUUUGUCCACGCGUGUUUCAGGAUGACUGUAGAAGAAAACGAUUUGUGCUUGGCUGGCUGUUGUGGAUAUUAGCAGUCAGGACCGUCCCUGCGACUCAAAGAAAAUGCUUGAUUUCCUGAAAACAAUAUAUUAAGCCUACCCUGCUUAAAUUGCUUCAGAAUGCUCUGAGGCAAAAACAAAAACCUUUCCAGAAUGUAAUAAUUUUUAUCUAAAGUAAUUCUCUUAGAUUUUAAAUGCAGCAUCAUAAUUCCAUAAAUAUUUCGUGUUCUUGAUUAAAGUAACUCAUUUUUUUUUUUUUUUAGGGAAAAAAUUAUCCAGUAUAUAAAGAAAGACUGAAUAGUUCAUUUCUCUUAAGAAGAAGGUAUCCCAAGAAGAGAUGCCAUCUUGAUAGUGGACAUACAGCUGGAGCUGACUAGAUCUGUAAACCUGUUUUCUGUUGUUUUGUUGUUGUUUUCUGGCAGAGAACAUCCAGAGGCAUCAAGGUCUGAAAAAGGGGCAGGCCUGCUAUUUAAUGCCCACCUCAAAACAGUCCCACACGAGCACCCACGGGCCAGGUACUGAACAAAAAAGCAUACAUGCUUAACAUCGGUCCACAUCUAACCCUGGCUCCAGCGACUAUCAUUCGGUAGCAGGUUUUCUGAAAGACAGGCUCUGCCCACCUUCCAUGACAGCCACAUUCAUGCUCGUGGAGGGAUGGGAAUGCACAUGGAAAUUUAACACAUUUACAAAUGACUGACCAGAAUCUAAGCAAAGUUGUCCCUAAGAACAUACAGCUCAGAAUGUUCAUUCCUCUGGGAGAAUCCUGACACCACAGCUCCUCACAAAUGCAGGCACUGACAGACACGUAAGCAAGGAUGUGAAGAAAAGAAUUGCCACGUGCUCCAGUGUAGAAAAAUACAAGCUCUGCGCGCCUGUCUCAGACUCCUUCGUCCCGACGUUCACAGCCCAGACAGACACAGGCUGCUCUGCCAGACACAGAACCGAACCGUUCCCCUGCCUCCCGGCCCUCACAAGCCCAUCAGCCUCAGGUCUAAACGGAGAAGAACAGGUAUUUCCUAUGAAAACAACUCUUUGGUCAUGGACAAACCGAAAGACUGAAAUUUUUUUUCAUUAAGAUCCUGGAACAAGGUUUUUUGUGUUUAAUCUUUAAAAAAUGAAGAGCAGAAAAACAGCUGGUUUAAUUGAAGUGGAAUUUAAAUCUAAAAGGUCCGCCUGAGCUGAAGGGAUUGAACCCUUGCCAUGAGUUCCAGCUUCUGUGGAAAGGGUUGCCGCCCCCUCCUUGUUGGCUUUCUGCGUCCAGGGGAUCUUCUCCGUCGUCAAACUUCUUCCUCAUCUCUGUAAAAGAAAGCAGCGAGCUAAGAGCCAGGCGCUGCCAGAGGUGUGGGCUGAGGCGGGGUCUAAGGACCACACCCCUCGGUUACCGAGACAACCGUGACCGACUGAUGCUCAAAUCCAGCCUCCCUCUCCCACCCAGAUCACAGGUUUCAGGAGAAACCAGUCAUGGAGAAGGCGGUGAGGUUCAGGGUUGAAAAUGGAUAUUCAUGCAAGUUCGGACCCCCUGAAUCUUCUCUCCUCACAAGAAGCUACCCAAGGAAAUUCUUCUCUGGGAAAGCCGAGGAGUUGCAGGGAAUGAGACCUCAAAGUCACGCACGCUCUUCUGAUCAAACGGCCGUGUUCACCGUCCUAACUCCAAGCAUCAAGUCAGCCAGGCGAACCUCAUCAACCCAUGAAGCGUCUGGGGCCUCACUGUUAAAUCUAAACAGAAGGAAGGCUCCCCAGACCUGAGGGAGGGAGGCGCCCUAUCGUACAGCCCAGGAGGCCACCUCCACUGCUGUGCCUGUCAGUCCGGAGCGAAGCCCGUGAUGAGACAGAGGCCAGCGCAGACAUGUGGGAGACAGGAACCCUGGAGGCAGCAGACGAGCAAGCUAAUAUCCUCAUAGGAACAGCUGCCAUCUUUACAGUAAGGACGGGGGCUGAGAAGAAGGCACAGAGGACAGAGAAGAACUCCUAGUAACCAAGGGUGCAGCUCUCUUCUCGAUGCACGCGGCUCUGCCCGCAGGCCCCCUGCUCCCCUCAGGGCUCAGCUCCAGAGCGCCUCAGCUGCCCGCUGCACACGCUGAGGACAGAGCCAUUCACGGACAUCGACGUGUGCAGAAUAAAAGAACAAACAGUAUGUAUCCUCCUGUACUCGUUAAGUAACUCCUCCCUCUCUCACUGGAUUAUAAAUUACUUGAGAACAAACAUCAUUUACUUUCAAUUCCAUAGCAUAAGUAGUUCAGAAACUUGUCAAAUGGGCAUAAAAUGUGAUUUCCUUCUAUUUUGUUAAAUUUGUCUAGCUCAAGUCAUAGUUUCUGCUCCCACUGACAUGGAAAGCCACAAAAAAGCAGUAGGUAGUAGCUUAACAUGAAAUUCCCUCUGGAAAUGUCAAAGCACUGCUCGGUAAUACCUAAAUUCUUAAACCGUCUCCCUCGUUUUCCAGGUCAUUUUAGCUUAUGGUGAAAUAACAUUUAUAUCAACCAGUAAAUCGAAUGACCAUUAGAGCUCGAGCACGAUUCAUGGGGAGCCACUCUCAGAGGAUCUGCCCCUGUCCCACCACUGCACAUUCCUACCUGGCGGUCCACAUCCUAAUCAAGCUCCUAAAAUACCAGGCCUCUGGAUAUCUAACGUCAUGCAGAGCAGAGGCCGCUCCUUAGAAGGACCUGCUGGCAAGCCUGGCCCUUGGCUGACGACUGGCAAGUUGGGUUUCAGCAGUGCUCCCACCCUUCCCUGGAUAAGUCUUAGCCCUGAGAACAACUGUAUGCCGAGUCCCAGUGUCCUCCUUCUGAAUCACCUAAUCUGGAGUUCUUAAGGAGCAGUGAAACAACCAGAGCAAGACGGCAGACGAACAGAAAAUGCGCAUGUGGAAGGCCCCUGCCGUGUGCUGCUGGGCCCAGGAAGAGAAGCAGAGCCGAGCCCACGGGUACCCAAGGCCUCCACAGCAGGUCUGGAAUACACACAGGAAAAGCAGUCCCACCCGGAAUUUAAACACCAAAGGACUCCACCUGAAAAAGAAAGUAACAGCCUUCCAGCCCACUACCUGUCUUUAAAAUAAAUCUUCACUGGAGUACAGUCUCGUCUACGUGUCUAUGGCUGCUCUUGCGCUGCAGUGGCAGAGCUGAGUAGGAGCAACAGAGACUGCACGGCUCACAGAGCCUGGAAUUUUUACUCUCUGGACCUUUACAGAAAAAGUUUGCCAGCUUCUGCUCUUCAGCAAUAAAAAGGAAUGAACUGCCAAUGACUAUAACAACAUGAAUAAAUCUCAAAAACAUGCCGAAUGAGAGAAGCCUUAUACAAAAGAGGACAUACUAUAUGGUUCUGUUGAUAUAAAGAUCUAGCGUUGGUAAAACCAACCUGUGACGGAGAAAAUCAGAAUAACGGCUGCCUGUAGGGGUAGGAUGGGGACCGCCUGGUAAGGGACAAGAGGAUAAUGUCCAGUUCUGCAUCUUGACAGGAGUCUGGCUUUGACAAAGACUCUCUUAUACCAAAACUUUAGACUGGCUCCUCGGAGUAAAUCUUCUUUCUGACUAAGGCCCAACCUUGGGCUUCCGUCUCUGUCCUUGCAGAAUCCAGGAUGAGCAAGAAUCCUGCUAAGAUUCCCCACCCUUGGUAUCUAACCAAACUUGAGUUUGAUAUCUGAUCGAAUUCCCCCUCCCCUACUCUGGCCUGCCUUCACCAAGAACUCAGCUGGGUCCAUCUAACAAGAACCUCCCCUCUCCCUAAUGCUUCCUCUUUGUAAUUUCGCAUCCAGUGACCACGCACCAACUCUGCUCCUUGAUUAGAAAUCCCACUUGUCCUCUCUAGAGUCAGACUUGAGCCCAAACUUUCUCUCUCUCACUGCCAGAGCCCAGGGCAGUGUCCCCUACACCUACCAUGAUAGCCCCCCCCCCCGAAUAAAGUCCUCCUUAAGGUCUUUAACAAGGGUCAUGAAUAAUUUUUCUCUUUAACAGGCUGCAUGGAUAUCAGAACUCAGGACUGGUAUCCCUAAGAUCUGUACCUUUCAUUUUAUCUAUUGGGCUGGCCAAAAAUCUCGUUUGGGUUUCUCCGUAAGAUGUUACAGAAAAACCCAAACGGACUUUUUGGCCAACCCAAUACAAUUACCUCCUAGUUAAUAAUAAGCAAGGUGAAGUAUCUAGGAAAAAGUAAACCAAAAUCUACAACUUUUUUUUGAAAUGCAUCUUAAAAAGAUAAACUGAUGGAUACAUGGAAGGACAGAGACAGAUAAAUGUGAUAAAACACAGUAAAAUGUUAAUUUUAGAAUCUAGAUGGUGAGGACAUGAUUGUUCACUGUAAAAUUCUUUCAACUUCUAUCUUUGAAAUUUCUCAUAAUAAAAUGCUGGGGGUAGUGCUUACCUGCUGUGAGACUGUCAUAAUACAGACGAUGAAAAUAACUCUUCUACCACUGUGUUUUACACAUAUUCAUCCUUAGACUACAAAGGGGAAGUUUUAUCCAAGUACCCUUACAAUAUAGAUUCACUAUUAGCACAGAAGUAUGAAAGAACCGUGAGAUAUUUCUGACACUACAAAGGGCUGAACAAUUUUAAGUCAAACUUCCAUCGAUGGAACUACCUCCUACAAUAGACCACAUUCUAGCACUGGACUCUGAGGGCAAGCCUAACCAUUAUACUUAGACAGUGAAGAGACGAACUAUUUUUAAUUCUGUACACAGGGGCGUAAGGUGGCCUGCACCCUAACUGAACCUGAUACAUUACUGUGCUUUAUACAUGUGUUUUGUUGAAAUUUUUAUAGUGGAAAAGAGAUAAUAGUGCUAACAGUAACAUACCAAAAGAAAAUUCCAGUUUCUGUCAGAUUAUAAAAUUUUAACUCUCGUGCAAUAAUUUCUCUAUCAACAGUUAAAUAUCACCAACUGUAUUCAAAGCACUGGAGUACACAGACACAAAUACAGACCAUGUACGUAGUCGUUUCAAUUUAAGAUGGUAAGAGAUUCUUGUUUUUUUUGUUUUUUUCGCUUUUAAAGAAGCCACUUCACUGUUUGAGGUCACACCUGUUUGUCACAGUAAUCACUUUCCUGUUAACCGGCAAAUAAAAAGCCAAAACAGAAACAUACCCACGGCCUACUUCCUCCUCUCUAAAGCUACCCGCUGUCCUAGUCAAAUGCUGUCGCCUUUGGGAAGGCAAAACACCCUUUCAAUUCCCCUGCCUUCUGGGCUUCCGUUCUGACUACAUCUUCUCCCACACCGGCAGUGUCCUUCCCUAAUACUUCCUGACUAUUUUUUUUUUAUUUCCAAUACUUUACGCUCUUGACCAUUCAGAAAUUAGCCUUGUAACAUUAUCUUUUUCUGCUGAAUAAUACUGCUUCACUCCCGUGAAUGUUUUCUAUUUCCCUAUCUACAUAUUAAAUUCAUGGAUUCCUUGGUAUUUCCUACAGGAAGUCAUAGGGUUGGCACUAUAGGGGGUGCAAUGUUUUCUGACUGGCAUGAUAGGCAAGUGUGUUAAAUCUAAGCUAACUGGUAGAUGUGCUAAUCCCCACAGAGCAGGUACCUCUGCAAUCUUCCCUGUAACCAUGCACUUUUCAAAAGAAAAGAGGAGGCUGCAGCUGUGGCUAAGCAGCCUGGCUGUGAAUAAAAACAGAGGCAGGACGCACAGUCAUGAAAUUUACAGCCAAGGGAAUUAAGCAACCCACAUACAAUAUAUUACCCUAGUUGUCUUUGCAAAGGAGUAGCCAUUUUUCUGUUCUAACUACCUGCUUCCAACUCCUUAGGUGAAGCUAAACUAGGAUGCACCUAAGGCAAGAUUUGAGUUUCAGAAAUAACUGCUUUCAAGAUUCUGAUUACUUGUCCAUGGUUAUGACUGGUGUGUAAAAAUAUCAAUAUAUAAGCAGCCUCCCAACUUUAGGUAUGAUCCUAAAUAGAGCCAGCAUUUUCCAAUAAAGACCAACCUCUUCCACUUCUCCUCCCUAAAUCAGGAGCCAAGGACCCCUGGCCGACAAACUUGAAAAAAGAAGCAGCCAUGAGAAAUCUGAUCCACUCAGAAAAACAUGGUCUCCUUCCUGCCUAGGGAUGAGCCCCAUAGCCCCAUACCUGACCGCCAUGCUGCCCAAUGUGUGUGCUAUCGUAGACACUUGCCUGAAAUUCCAUUAAUCUGAUAUUCUUUAGGGUUAAAUUCCAGUUUAUGCUUAUAUCACAAGGCACAGAAAUCUACCAGUGUUUUAUACAAAUAUCUUAAAUUUGGCCACUUUUCCUAAAAUACAGCUGUUUUGGGGGCAUAAGAAUGCUGAAGCGAGGAGGUGGUAUGAACUUUGAACACAGAAUACUUUUGUGGACCAGGGAGGACUUAGCAUCACUAGGCAGAGUCCUAGAAUAAGCAAGAAGGCACAAGAAUCUGGUUACAGAACAUCAUAGGACGUCAAAGAUAAAAUACGUCUAUUUCACAAUUUGGCCCAGGCUGGCCCUUCAUCCAGAAAAAAAUGCUAGUUGGUUCCUAUUCUCAGAAUAGGAGAUACUAUUAGUAUCUGGAUAUUCUGGAUACUAUUAGUAAUACUAAAAUAAAAGCCGUGUCAAAUGGAGUUAAUACAGCAGUCAUAGGUCAGACCUAGAAGCUAGCUACCCCACUAAGUACCAUUUGUAUACAAAAGUCAAUGCAAGUUCCAAACAACUAUCUAAAAAUGAGUACAAUGGAAACCAUUUACUAGGAGCACUGUACUAAUAAGCAUCACUUUCUGAGCAUCAUCUUCUUUAACUGUCACAACAGUCCUAUGUAAUAGGUACUAUUCUCAUUCCUAUCUUACAGAUAAGGAAAGUAAAACAUAACAGGCUAAGUUACUUGAUUGAAAUCACACGGCAAAAAUAAACGGCACACUCCAAAGAUAUACAAAUGGCCAACAAGCAUAUGAAAAGAUGUUCAACAUCACUAAUCAUAAGGGUAAUGCAAAUCAAAAGCACUAGAUAUCACUUCACAUCCAUUAGAAUGCCUACUAUUAAAGAAAAAACAAACAAACAAAAAAACAGAAAAUGUGUUGAGGAGGACAGAGAGAAACUGGAACCCUUGCAACACUGCUGGUGGGAAUGCAAAAUAGUACGACCACUAUGGAUAAAGCAAUGUGGUGGUUCUUCAAAAAAUUAAAAUUACUUUAUGAUCCAGCAAUUUCACUUCUGGGUAUAUAUCCAGAAGAACUGAAAGGUGGGUUGAAGAGGUAUUUGUACAGUCAUGUUCUAGUAAGCAGAAUCCCCUAAUAUCUUUCCGGAUCAUUCUAUCAUAAGCUCCAAAUUAAUAAACCUCCAUGUUCCAUUAUUCACUAAUCUAAACCUAUUUUUUCUUCAUCCAUUAUAUACCUACCAUCAUUUUAAACUGCUGAUUGAAAAAAAAGUAAAACCAGCAAACAUAAUACAGAAAGGCUUCAUAUAUUAACUCAGGACUUCAACAUAUUAUUUCACCUUUAAGUAAGAUUACUACUCAGUUACAUCAUUUACUAAACCUCUGAUUCAAAUCCAAACAACUCAAGUAACGCCUUUCAGUUUCAACUAUACAAACUUACACCCUACCCAGCCCCCAACCCAAAAUAAAAGACCUAGCAACCCAUUGUCUCUCUCUCCAUGAGGCUGCUUGAUUUUCAUAGUUGUGACUAAACAACCAUUUUAUUCUUCUAAAACCAUAAUUCAGAAAGAUCCUGCAAUGUACAAUCUAAACUCCCCAGAAAGACACAGAAUAAACUCCUAUGUUUUUAAAAUUUUUAAAUGCUAAAAUAGACUUCAAAGACAGACCUAUUCUAUUAAAUUAGUAUUAAGCAUCUUUUUCUUCAAGAAUUAAGCUGUCAAAUUUCUCUAAAAACUAAAGUUGGUUUAAUAUUCAAGAUACAAAGGCAUCUUGAGCCAGGCUUCCCUGGUGGCAGUGGUUGAGAGUCCGCCUGCCGAUGCAGGGGACACAGGUUCGUGCCCCGGUCCAGGAAGAUCCCACAUGCUGCGGAGCGGCUAGGCCUGUGAGCCAUGGCCGCUGAGCCUGCGCGUCCGGAGCCUGUGCUCCGCUACAGGAGAGGCCACAACAGUGAGAGGCCCACGUACCGCAAAAAAAAAUAAUAAUAAUAAAAGUAAAAAGAUACAAAGGCAUCUUUCAACUUAUAUUUAGCAGCCUACGAGUUUUAUUUUUUAAUUUAUUUUUGGCUGCAUUGGGUCUUCGUUGCUGAGCGUGGGCUUUCUCUAGUUGCGGCAAGCAGGGGCUACUCUUUGUUGCAGUGUGCAGGCUUCUCAUUGCGGUGGCUUCUCUUGUUGUGGAACACGGGCUCUAGGCACACGGGCUUCAGUAGUUGUGGCACGCAGCUCAGUAGUUGUGGCUCGUGGGCUCUAGAGCGCAGGCUCAGUAGUUGUGGCACACGGGCUUAGUUGCUCUGCGGCAUGUGGGAUCUUCCCAGACCAGGACUCAAACCCCUGUUUCCUGCAUUGGCAAGCGGAUUCUUAACCACUGUGCCAACAGGGAAGUCCCUUAACCCUUUUUUCUUAACAGCUAAGCUUAAAUUCUUCUGCAGCAUCGCUGAUUUCACAGUUAGAGCUGAGGGUUCACAUACAGAUAAGAAAAGUACACUUUGAUGAAGCAUUCCAAUAACUAACUGGAAUGCAAAAUCCUAGAAUAUAGCCAUCUAGGAGCUCAAAAGUGAAAAGAGCAAGUAUGCGAAAGGAAUCUAUAUAGACCACAUGCCUUACUGAUGCAUUCUUGUGGCUCUGAAAGCUCAUCAUUUUGAUCGCAUACAUUUCAAGCCUCAAUCAGACCUCAAAGACUAUAGUAUACAAAUGUCCCACAGUGCAACCAGAGUUGUCAACACUCCCAGGAAACCAUUUAGAAGCAAGAUUCUUUUUAAAUUAAAGCAGGAAAAAAGUAAAUGAUCAGUUUGCCUUAAAAAUGAGUACCACAAACCUUUCUCAAUUAUAAGUGUAGUUAUCUGUAUCUUAGUAUAGGUUUUAUCAUUGCUGCAAUGCAUUCUUACUACAUUUAAAAUAGCUGCACAGAAGUUGAGACACAGAUGUAGAGAACAAACGUAUGGACACCAAGGGGUGAAAACCAUGGUGGGGUGGAGAUGGGGGUGUGCUGAACUGGGCGACUGGGAUUGACAUAUAUACACUGAUGUGUAUAAAAUUGAUGACUAAUAAGAACCUGCAGUAUAAAAAAACAAACAAAAACAACUAAUACUAAACUUUCUUUAGGUUAUUUGUAUGGAAAUAUGUUAAUAUAAAUGUUUCAGACAUUACAUGAAAUUUCUAAAAAUCUUAUAUGUUCUGGUAUAAUGCUGUAAGUCAUAAUUCCAGUUAUUACUUUAAAAUGUAUAUCUCAGAAAUAACUAAAUUUCCUUGUCAAUUGCAUUAUUAUGAACUUUCAUCAAAUCUUUAACUGUGGUCAUUUUUAAGUCUCUUGUCAUUUACAGAGUUCUGGGUGUACUCUGAUGCUUUUGCAAAAAUGUUCCUAUAAAAGGGUUUCACCUUCAAGGAAUUCAUGGAAAAGACUGACAAGAACAGGUUUCUGGUAACUGACUAUACUGCUGAACUGAAUGAAUAAGCAUUUUCAGAUCUCUAAUGGAAAACUGAUGAAUUCAUAAAAGUGCUAACAAAAGAUCAAGAUGAAAAAAAAUUAAUUACAUGGGACUGAGUGAACUGAUGAGGAUGAUUAUAAUUUUUGUGACUUUGUUUGAAUAAAAAAAAAAAAUCCCCCAAG